GGGCGGGGCCGCCGCAGCCGCGGGAGCCGCCGACGGCGGGAUGGGACCGGCCGGGCUGCGCUGCGCCCGCGGACUUAUAGCAGGAGUCCCUGUUGCUUUGAGAAGCACAAUGACUGUCUCACAGCUCUGUUUGGAGGAGAGGUCAUAGAAGGUCUGCUGUCAUUGCACUCUCCCCAGCCUUCCUUCAGCUGGAGAAGCACAGAGGCAAUAAACCUGUGGCAGUCAAGUCCAGCAGCUGCCAGGGAGCAGUGGGUCUGUCCAGACACUUAAGGCUGCUGAGCUACAGCUUGUGCCAUCUCACUGUUGUGUGGCUGGUGCCUCUGUUUCUGGGCUGUGGGUGAUUCUAGACUGAUCUGUCCCGAGCCUUUGUGCUGUGGAGGUUUCUGACCUUCUCCUGCAGAGGUGCAGGAAUUUCUGGUGUAGGAGGUCGUGUUCCAAGGUGCCCUGUGCCUCUUGGCUCGGGUGUCCGAUACCUGAUAGCAGCCCGGGCUUCCUGGGGUGUGCUUGUGCUGCUCCUCUUGCUGCACUCUGGGCUGGAUGCUCUGCUGGGAGCUUCUCUCUGCAUUGACUGGCUUGGCGUGGACUGGCUUUUAGCACCAGGGAGACUGAGAUCCAGCGAGUCCUGACCUUUGCUGCUUGGGCAAUGUGAUCCUCUGCAGAGGAACUGUCUGAUCGCUGGACCCUGUUUCUCCAAAAAUCCCCCAUUCUCAGGUGUGUGUGGUAAAAAUGGUGCAGAAAUACCAGUCCCCAGUUCGUGUCUACAAAUACCCUUUUGAGCUCGUCAUGGCAGCCUACGAGAAGCGCUUUCCUACAUGCCCAGAGAUCCCAGUCUUCCUGGGGAGUGAAAUCCUGCACGAGUCUAAGAGUGAGGAUGGAGCCAUCCAUGUCAUUGAGCGGAGCUGCAAGCUGAACGUGGAUGCUCCCAGGCUGCUGAAGAAGAUUGCAGGGGUAGAGUAUGUCUUCUUCAUCCAGAAGAACACAGUGAACUGGAGAGAGAGAACCCUCCGCAUCGAAGCCCACAACGAGACCUUUGCCAACCGUGUGGUGGUCAGGGAGACCUGCAGCUACUCAGUUCACCCUGAGAACGAGGAGUGGACGUGCUUUGAGCAGUCGGCCUCCCUCGACAUCAAAUCCUUUUUUGGCUUUGAAAGCACCGUGGAAAAAAUCGCCAUGAAGCAGUACACCUCCAACAUCAAACGGGGCAAGGAGGUGAUUGAGCACUACCUGAAGGAGCUGAUCUCCCAAGGGAUCACGUUCAUCCCUCGCUGGAGCCCUCCCGCGGCCAAGGAUGAGCGAGCCCCGGCUGCGGGACGGGCCCCUGGUGACAUCCCGCUGGAUUCUGGGGCUGCUGGCACCAGCAGGGAGCCGGCUGCCAGCCCCUGCCCGCCCCCAGAGCCCGCCAGCCCUGACGCUGACAAACUGGAUGCUGAUUACAUCGAGCGCUACCUGGGCCAGCUCACCCCGCUGCAGGAGAGCUGCCUGAUCCGCCUGCGCCAGUGGCUCCAGGAGACUCACAAGGGAAAGAUCCCCAAGGAUGAGCACAUCCUGCGGUUCCUGCGCGCCCGUGACUUCAACAUCGACAAAGCGCGGGAGAUGCUGUGCCAGUCGCUGGCCUGGCGCAAGCAGUACCAGGUGGAUUUCAUCCUGCAGUCCUGGAGACCCCCAGCCCUGCUGGAGGAGUACUACACCGGGGGCUGGCACUACCAGGACAAAGAUGGGCGGCCGCUCUACAUCCUCCGCCUUGGCCAGAUGGACACCAAGGGUUUGGUGAAGGCCCUGGGAGAGGAAUCCCUGCUGAGACAUGUUCUGUCCAUUAAUGAGGAAGGACAGAAGAGAUGUGAGGAAAACACCAACAUUUUUGGCCGCCCCAUCACAUCCUGGACAUGCCUAGUGGACUUGGAAGGGCUCAAUAUGAGGCACCUCUGGCGGCCUGGGGUGAAGGCCCUGCUCAGGAUCAUCGAAGUGGUGGAGGACAACUACCCUGAGACCCUGGGGAGGCUCCUGAUCGUGAGAGCACCACGGGUCUUCCCCGUGCUCUGGACCCUGGUCAGCCCCUUUAUCAAUGAGAACACACGGCAGAAGUUCCUCAUCUACAGCGGCAACAACUACCAGGGCUCAGGAGGGCUGGUGGACUAUGUGGACAAGGACGUGAUCCCAGACUUCCUGGGAGGAGACUGCAUGUGCACGGUCUCAGAGGGGGGACUCGUCCCCAAGUCCCUGUACCAAACCGAGGACGAGACGGAGAACUCGGAUCACAUCCGCCUGUGGACAGAAACCAUCUACCACUCUGCAAGCGUCCUCAGAGGAGCCCCACACGAGAUACUUGUGGAGAUCCUGGAAGGGGAAUCCGUCAUCACCUGGGACUUUGACAUCCUGAAGGGAGAUGUGGUGUUCAGCCUCUUUCACUCCAAACGAGCUCCUGAGCCAAGUCACAAAGAAGCCACAUCACCAAAUCCCUCUGCUGCAGGGGACAACGUGCAGCUCAUCGACAAGAGCUGGGUGCUGGGGGUGGAUUACAGCCGGGUGGAGUCUCCUCUGGUCUGCAGAGAGGGAGAGAGCAUCCAGGGCUCCCAUGUCACCCGCUGGCCUGGCUUUUACAUCCUGCAGUGGAGGAUGCACGGGCCCCUGCCCUGCUCCAGCUCCAGCCUCCCACGUGUGGACGACGUCCUGGCCUCCCUGCAGGGCUCCGGCCACAAGUGCAAGCUCAUCUAUUACUACGAGGUGCUGGCCUCCAAGGACUUCAGGGGAUCCAUGUCGAGCCUGGAGUCUUGCAACAGCGGCUUUUCCCAGCUGAGUGGAGUCACCACAUCCUCCAGCCAGUCCCAGAGCAGCUCCCACCUCUCCAGAUAGCAGAGCCCAGGCUACAGCAGCACGGGGACCCCCAAACCAAAGAGCUCCGGGGCUGAGCCUUUGGACACAGAGAGGCCUCUGGGAGCUGCUUCAACCACAAAAACUGAAAUCCCAAGGGCAGGUUCAGGAGUUCUGGGUCAGCUGCCUGCUUCUCAGUAGCCUCCUUCACCACCUGCGGGUUUUGGGUGCCUGUGGGUUUGCAGGAAUCCGUUCCACCCCAAAGGGCUCCUCCCAUCGGUCCUUUUCCCACGGAGGAGGCUGAUGCUGCCUUACCUGUUGGACCUUUAGAUAAUCCCUGGGUGCCCACGGGGUACUGGUGCCACCCUGGGCAGUCAGAUGGGCAUCCCAGGGGCAGGGCCUCGGAGGGAGCUGCCAACACUGAGUACAGGUAGCAUGGUUCAGAAAUCACUUCCAGGCCAAACCAAAAACCUCUUCUGGUCUGGCAGGAUGCUCUGGGAGAUGUGUUGGAUUUUUUUAACUCUGCUGAGAAACGAAGUCAAAAUGUUUUGGUUUUUGUUUUUUUUUUUAGCAAUUCCAGGCAUUGGAUCUGCCUUUAAUGAGUGGCAUCUUCCAAACUAUUGUUUCUCUUUACUCAGGUUUACAGCAAUAAUGAGUAGGUCUGUCCCAUUCCCGACUGGAUGGGAACUGAAUCCAAUCCUAAAGGGCUAAGAAAAGCAAUAUUUGAUUUCCUGAAGGCACAAGAUUUUCUGGCAGUAUUACAGAACUUGCUUCUUUUAAACAUGAGCUCACUUGAAACCUUUCAGAGAGGCACGUAUGUAUGUAAGCACUUACCGAAGCCUAUUUAUUCUAUACUAGCUUAUUUUAAAUUAAUUUUUAACUUAUUUAUAAUGUCAGAAAUUACUAUUUAUUAAAUACGGUCACCUUUUUUUAACGGGAUGAACUUUGUUUUAGAAAGGAAUAACUGAUUGUCUUCAAUCCCAAGCAAUCUUCCUGCUUGGGUCCUGAUCUUUGUGGUCGCUGGAUGUUCUCGCAAAAGGGCUGCAUUGGAGUAAGGGCUGUGUCACCUUCCUGGCAAGAGUCCAGUGCUUUUUUUUGGACUGUUUUUUAGGAUGAACAAACAAGGAUUGAGUUCAGGAGUUGUCAUGAAGAUGCACUGUCUUCCUACACACCAAAAAUGCCAAGUUUGUCCCUAAUCUCUGAUUGUUCCUGUAGUCAGCCUGGGGAGCAAAGUUAUCCAUGUUCUUGUCCAGGUGAAAAAAAAAAACCAAAAACCCCCAAAAACCAGGUGUCAAAUGCCCACCAAGUUUUUAUUCAGGAAUCUGAAGUUGUUCCUUCCCAUCCUGCUUUUUUUAAUCGCUGGUUUUGAAGCACCAGUCUCUGCCAAAGGAGAAAAGAGCCAAAAUAUUUGGGACAAUGAGAGACGAAGAACUUGAUGUGGUUUUGAGUUGUUUGGUGGGGUUUUUUAAGGACUGGAGCCAAGGGAGUCACUCUGCACCUUGUAUCUCUCCCUGUGAACAGAUAAUUUGGUUAUGUAGAGCUCAGGGAAGUUCUGAUUUCCAAUUCUCAGUUGUUCCAUAGACUUUAAUGCUUCUCCCAGACAAAUGAAACUUCUGUCUCUGGCAUUUCAGCAUAACUGGAGUCUGAUAAAGAGGGACAAAUAUCACCUUUCAUCUGGAAAGUCAGGAAUUCUGGAAGGAAGAGUGCAUAUGUGUAUCCCUCAUAGAAAAUCCUUGACCCAGAGUAAAAUCUGAUUCUAGGAACAGUUUCAGACUCCCAAAGCCCCAGGAGCAAAUGCAGCCCUGUCUCCUCCGAGCUGUUUCAGGAUUUUACCUUCCCUUCUCACGUGGUUGCUCACAUCCUACAGUGGCAACCUUCCUGUUCCCUGGGUUUGCUCUGGGUAAGAAUCUCUUCCUUUGCCCUGGAUUUCUUAAUUUUAUUUUAUUUUGAAAGGUGGUAUAUGCUGUUUUCUGCCCACCAGAAGUUUUGGGUGUUUAACUUUUGUCAGUGAAGCACCUAGAACUCGGGCCCUGGCAGAUCUCUGAAGGGUGAGGUCUGGUUCCACCGAGUGUUCCUGGCUCUGGGGAUAUCCCAAUCCCAGUUUUUCCCCUUGUCCCUUGGCAGUAUCACUGCUCUGCCCAUCGGAGGUCAUGGCACAAGUCUGUGAAGCAGCUUGUGACCUGUCCUUGGCAAGGCUGCCUGGUUUAUCCCACCUGACAAUUCGCUUUGAAACCAAUUUAAAUAAUUCAUUUUUUUUUUCUUUUUCUCCUGAAUGUUAACAGGAGAAAGGGAACAACAGCCUGGAUGCUGUGCUGUGCUUUUUAAACCUGUCCUUGUGAACUGCGGAUACCAGAGACACAGAAUUCUUCUACGUCACCCUUUUCCCCCUCAAACGACAUCAGUGUGCUUUAGAAAAUAAACUCAGAGGUUUUUUUCACGGUGAGCUGAGUCCGGGAGGGGUUCUGGAUCCUCAGAAGUCUCCUAAGCCAGAACCUUGGGAAAUGGCCUGGUUUUGGGUGAUGCAUCAAGGCCCUCCCCAGCAGCUGCUCUGCAGUGGGACCAAUGAGCUGGGGCUGAGUGCAGGGAACGAGCUGCUAAUUAAAAACCUGGCUCCCAGGCAGCUGGUGCAGAUAUUCCCUAUGCAAACACAACCCCUACCUCAGCGCUGCUGCCAGGGCUCGUGGUGUGGGGCAGUGCCGGUGCUGUGCGAGGUGCCAAGGGCCGUGCCAGGGGUCGCAGUGAAGUGCAGCCAGCUGUGACACCUUCAUUCCCAGUGAGUUCUCCAGGUCUGCCCCACUCCCUGGGGCCCGUCCCAGGCCUGGGAAGGGCAGACAGACAGGAUGGGUGUUGGAGGGCCUCAGCUGUCGUUCAGGGCACAGUGCUGAGCCAUUUUUGAGAAGGGGAAGGGCUGAGCCCCCGGGGCAUCGGGGCGCUGUGAGCCGGCACUCGGGGCUCUCACACGGAGGCACCGCAGCAGCUCAGCGCCUCCUCAGCUCCCGUAGUCACUGCUGGGAACAGAAUUCCCGACGCUCACCGGGCCAGGGAAUCCUGUGACUGAGCUGCAGCUGCGUCCCUUGGCUCAGCCAGUCCCGUUCUGUCUGUUCCCUUUAGGAACUGUGAAGGACAAUUUGUAGUCCCACUUUGGUUUAUUUUUUUGGAAAUGCCAUAAUCCACUCGCCAUUCCCAGUAGGAAGGGCAAGCCCAGCUGUCCCCCACACUGGGAAGAUGCUGGGGCUGAGGCCAGCCCUGCUCCAGGCAGGGAAUCCCUCAUUUCAAAAGGCAUUUUACGAGCUCACACUGUUUCAAUAUCCCCAAUGUUUGUACUGUGAGCAAUUAAUGCAAGGAACAGCUAUUAGAAACUUAGAGCUGCUGUCAAAGAUUCCUGCAUGCAAUUAGCUUUAACAUUCCUCCAACACAUUUGUGAUGCUCCUUACAUCUGAUUAUUUCUCUCUUGGAAGGUGAAAUUGGUGUCGUCACAUUUGCUGGCUUUUGGUGACACCACCACCCACUUCCAAGCUUUCAAGUUACAUGUUAGUUAAAUGGGCAUUAAUUAAGUGUUUUAGCAGCUCUUACUUUCUCUCCUUUGCAGCUGGCUUUGGUUUUAUACACUGUAAUCCUCAUUUUUCUCAGCCCAAACCCUCAAACCUCCUCUAAGAGGCCACUGCAGGGUGCUGAAAUAACAGAUGUCCUCCAGUGCUGGUGUCUGUGGGUCCUGGUAGAGCUGUACUUCUGGGUAUGUGGGAAAUAAAACAUCUCUGAGAACAUGUGGGAUUGCUUGAUCCAACUGUUGAAAUUACAAGGCGAUGAAAAUUCAA